GCACAGCAGCACCUUUGAGGACAGAGUGCAGGUGGGACAAUGUGACCAGACGGCGGCAGCCCAUUCUCCAUUGCAGCAGUAACAGCCUGAGGAGCUAAGGAGAGAUAUACAUGCACUCUGCCUGGAGAAAAAAGUCAUGGAUCUUUCAGCUCCGCAGAGGAAAAAAGUGGCCAUUAUUGGAGGAGGUUUGGUGGGUUCUUUAAAUGCUUGCUUCUUUGCAAAAAGGGGCUUUAUAGUGGAAAUGUAUGAAACCAGACCAGAUAUCCGUGGUUCCAAUGCUGCUCGUGGCAGGAGCAUUAAUUUGGCCUUGUCUCACAGGGGACGGCAAGCUCUCAAGGCUGUUGGGCUGGAAAACCAGAUUGUGUCUAAAGGCAUACCUAUGAGAGCAAGGAGAAUUCACACGCUCUCAGGCAAACAAUAUUCAAUUCCAUAUGGGACAAAGAGCCAGUACAUUCUCUCUGUAGAUAGAGCAAAUUUAAACAAAGAUCUGCUAACUGCUGCUGAGAAAUAUCCCAAUACUAAAUUAUACUUUGGACACAAACUGCUUCACUGCAAUGUGGAACUGGGAACACUGACCUUUUCAGGAUCCGACCAGAUGUCAAGAGAAGUCACUUGUGACCUAAUUGUAGGCUGUGAUGGAGCCUUUUCUACAGUUAGGAAGCAGUUCAUGAGACAAGCACGUUUUGACUACAGCCAAGUAUAUAUUCCUCAUGGAUACAUGGAACUGAAAAUACCCCCAAGGGAUGGAAAUUUUGCAAUGGAACCAAAUUAUCUCCACAUCUGGCCCAGGAAUACAUUCAUGAUGAUUGCACUGCCAAACCUGGAUAAGUCAUUCACAUGCACUCUCUUCAUGCCUUUUGACGAUUUUGAAAAGCUCAUAACAGGAGACCAAGUGCUGGAUUUCUUCAAAAUGUACUUUCCGGACACAAUUCCUCUGAUAGGAAAGCAGGAACUGAUGCGAGAUUACUUUUUGUUGCCAGCCCAGGCCAUGGUCUCUGUGAAGUGCUCCUCGUUCCACCUUGGCACUUGCUGUGUGCUGAUGGGAGAUGCGGCCCAUGCGGUCGUGCCCUUCUACGGACAAGGCAUGAACGCUGGAUUUGAAGACUGUCUGGUCUUUGAUGAGUUAAUGAACCAGUUCCAAAAUGAUAUAUGUAUUUGUCUCCCAGAGUUCUCAAAGCUGAGAGUACCUGAUGAUCAUGCAAUUUCAGAUUUAGCUAUGUAUAAUUAUAUAGAGAUGCGGGAGCAUGUCAAUUCAAAGUGGUUCAUUUUCCGAAAGCACAUUGACAACCUUCUUCACGCCCUCUUCCCCUCCACUAUCAUCCCUCUGUACACCAUGGUCACAUUCUCCAGAAUUCGAUACCAUGAAGCUGUGCAAAGAUGGAAAUGGCAGAAUAAGGUAAUUAAUAGAGGCCUCUUUCUCACUGUGGCUGUGACAGCAGUAAGUGGCAUCUAUCUGCUCAGAAAUGGUAUUAAGCUACAAAUUGACGCAUGUGCAGAGAACCUGUGGAAAUGGACAUUCAGCCUCAGAAAAUUUGGAAAUGUACCACUGGCUACCCAAUAGUGUUAAAAGCAAGAGAGAGAGAGAGAGAGAGAGAGAUUUAUUCAGUGUUUUAAUUUCACCUCUGCUUGGAAAGUCAGAAUGUCAAAGUAUUCCCAAAGGACUAACUGUGCUACAUGGUGCUGGAUCCAAGUGUUAGAAGGCCAUCCACAUGGAACUCAACAAGACACUUGCCAUAGACUUGAGUGCCCUGCUGUCAUCUUCCUAAAGAAAUGAUAUGUGUCCCUCAAGAGCCUGAGGGCCUGUAAGCUGUUCUUCCAUACUUCCCCAAAUACCAGCAUCAACUUUUACACACAAGAGGACAUGUA